UAUAUUGGUUGAUGAGAUUAAUUUUGUUAGCCUUGUAACGUCUACUCAUUCAAUCACGAAACUAAGCCGAAAGAGCUCUAGGACGACAUAGGAAGAGGACAUUGAGCAGAUAGAUAAAUUAGACAUGGAGCGUGACCAGAUCUUGAUGACAUUCCAGGAGAUCACGGACACUGAGGAUACUGGGUUUGCAGUCGAGAUCCUUGAGAGGUUGAAUUGGGAUCUGGAGAUGGCAGUUAAUCACGUGUUCACACAUGGACACGAACUGCCUGAGAAACUGUCCAAUCCAACCGAAUCUACGGCAGGUACAAACUUAGCAACACCCGGCCAGCAGUCAAGUAGUUUAGUUCAGACAGACUUACUCGGAAGCCGUGUUACAACAUCCGCAACAAGACCAUGCGACUUCAGAGCAGAUCCACUUGACAUCAACGGAAUGCUAGACAGUUACAUUGCCUCGCCAUCCAGUCCAGCAAGUAACGGGAAUAGCCCUACAGACAACAACGGGUUCUCAUUUUUGUCCUCAAACAUGCCAGGCACUAUUAAUAAUCAUCAAUUACAGUCAAGUUCAAGUGCAUUAAAAAGGAAUCGAGAACAGUCUCCGAAUAAACUCAACUCAAAAUCAGUUUCAGAAGAGAACUUAAUCAGUAUUGAGAUAACUCACGAUGAUACAAUGUCUGGCAUGACGCUGAAAAAGGUUUUCAAGUUUUCGGAAAAAGCUAUGGUGAUAGAAGUUAAGAACAAAGCGGCGACUUCUUUCUUAGUACCUCUAAGACAGCAAAAAUGGAAAGGCUGGCCUUCGAAUACUGAUGAAGCGGACUUUCUGUCAUCUCUGGGUUUAAGUAACCCGCAUAAGUUGGAGUUGAUCAAAAUGACAAUAGCUGGCCGAGAAUACGCGACGACGGCCAUUGAUGAUUUGUUGCAAACAGGUACUUCUCUGAGCAGGACCUCUGAAGAAGGAACCUCGGCAGGAACCGGAGACUUCGAAGACAUGGAAAUAGACGAGUCCCAUUCUCAAAUGAUUUUGGGUGCUGGUGAACGGCUUUUAGAAGAUGCUUCCCCUGAUGAUUUAGAAAGUCAGGAGAAAUUUAUGAAGAGGUUUCGAGACCGUUAUGGUGAAACACAUCCAACAUUUUACCUGGGCAAUUUCGCCGAAGCCAUUGAAAGUUCGUGUGGCCUGCCAGCGUCUGACCGAAAGUUACUAGCCAUAUACGCGCACCAUGAUCGAAGCGUAUUUGCGAAUGUAUUCUGUGAGACGAUUUUGUGUUCAGAACAUGUUUUGAAUAUUUUGAACAGCAAUUUUGUGUUUUGGGGCUGGGAUUGCACGUUAGAUUCGAACAAGAAGUUGUUUUUUGACCUGCUAAGUAAACACUUCGGCCCUGCGACCAUUGAUCUGAGUAAAAGAAAUCACAAGCAGUAUCCGAUUUUGAUAUUCAUUGGAAAACAGAAUGGCAUGUAUGACAUUCUACAGGUAAUAAGUGGUAGUCAGACGCUGGACGAGGUGGCGGCCACUAUGAUGAACAGUUAUGAGCAGUUCGCCCUCGUCAUGGCCAAAGAGAGCAAGCAGGAUAGGGAGAGGGCUUCCCAGCAGAGACUCCUCAGCGAACAGAACCAAGCAUAUCUGGAAUCAUUGGCAGCCGACAGAGCGAAAGAGGAACUGCGAAAGAAGGAAGAACAAGAGAAAAAGCAGGAGAGUGACAGGAGAGAGAAGCGGGAAGCGGAGAAAGCGAAGCGAAAAGAAGAGCAGAAAGACAUGUUCACGCAACAGUUACAGCCCGAACCCGAUGAUUCAUUCAAAGGUGAUGUGACGAAUGUCCGAAUCCGAACACCGACGAAUGAGACUCUAACUCGGAAGUUUGUUGCCGACUCAGAGCUGACUCAGCUGUUUGCAUUCGUGGCCAGCAUUGGUUACUUCCCCGACAACUACCGAAUCAUGACCUCGUGGCCGAGACAGGAGUUGUCGUACGAGAAGGACAAAGAGAAGUCGUUCCGAGCGAAGGAGUUGACGCCGACGGCGACUUUGUUGAUCGAACGGAAACUGAAGUAGACUGAAUGUUUUACUUCUCUUCGUUUGAAUUAAUUACAUGAAUAAAAACGGUCAAAAAUGUGUAUGAUUUUCAUGUUGAUCUUUCUCAAUUACCUGAUUUAACAGCGAACGAAAAUGACAAUUUCUAAGAAAUAAUGAUGUUAAAUUUCGAAAUCGACCAGACUUUCUUCAUGUUGCUAAUAACGUUGAGCAAAUCGUGUGGUGCUUUGAGUAGUUUUCGAUAAUUUUUAGCCACUGAUUUAAUCGGAGGGAAAUUGAGUAAAUAUAUUUUUACUAAACAGCAUACUUGACUAUCAUUUUGCAGUCUAGUGGCUCAUUUUAUGUAAUGUGUAGUUUUCAAUUUAAGCUGUACUAUUUUGA